AUGUGUGACAGCAAGUAUCAUAAAUCUUCAAGUCUUGGCGAUCUAUCCGGUGAAGUAGUUGAAUCUCCUCGUACACCUGUCAUUAAAAGAUUAAAGCACGGCUUGGCUUUUCUCAUGGGUUCAAACGAUAACUUAUCCGACGUUUCGGACAACACACCCGACUGGAUAUUCAGUAAACAUCAUGCUACAUCGUACGCGCGCGCGAUUGAAUACGAUUGUGUUAAAGAUCGUGGUAUAGCAAAAACCGUGCAAAAGCUGGAAGAUGCCGAUGUCAUUCCGCAUGAUGACUCCGAAGAUAAUAAAUUAUUAAGAUUCUAUUUGAAUGAGGCACGAAAUGAAAACAAUGCACUGUAUUUGUUAUUAUUCAUCUUGAACACCGUUUUCUAUAAAAAGAUUAAUUCGUUCAUGAUCUUUGGUAGUCCGAAAAUAGUUUAUGAUAAAUUAUGCCGAGAAUGGAGUGGUUAUUAUGCCGGUUUAUUGAUGAGAAACCCUGCCUUACAUUUGUAUCGAUACAAAGGAAUAGUUUAUCGCGGUAUGACGAUGUUUACUCAAAAUCUACAAAAAUCGUACAAAGUAGACAACCGUUUUACGAAUAAAACUUUUCAAUCAACAUCAACAUCAUGGGAAAUAGCUGCGAAAUAUGCAGGUACAACACCGGCAAAAUUAAGCGAAACGAACGUGAUUAUGAUCUAUGAAAUUGUCGACUCUCGAUUUGCACUUGACGUUGAAAAGUUUUCGAAAUGCCCAGAUGAACGGGAAGUUUUAUUAUUACCUGGGUGUUUGUUCGAAGUUCAACGAAUUGAUAAUCGAAAAAAUCCAAUUCAAAUCUAUGUUGAACAAAUUACUACAUACUAUGCAUAA